AUGGACUCUAUCACUUUACCUCCACCAUGUUUAAACACCGACAGCGUCCGCCGGAAUCCUCCCCGGCGGGGUAGGGCAACGCCGAUGAAAGCUCCAACUCCUAUUCAACUGGAAGAACUCCAGCCGACUACCAUACUAAAUCCGCCAGCUCACCCCGUUGCUUCUCAAGCUCCGCCAUCCGAGAGUCUCAAGAUUUUCCUCAGAAUCAAGCCGGUUGUGCUCGCCACAGCGGCGGCGUCGGCGUCCAAGCUACUCGUAAAAUCCACCAGGUCGAGGGCCAAGAAUGCUUGGCCUCAAAACCCUACAGCCAAGAAGAAUUCGGAAAAGGGGCAGCAAUCGGCCAAGUAG